AGGAAAUCUUGCAAGAUUUCACCCCGGUGGUUUUGUGAGGGAGAGAGCGAGGGAGGCGAGAGAGAGGAGAGAGUGGGAGAGAGGGCGUCGAGUUGAGAUCGGCGAUGGAGACGGCUAUCUGCAGCAGAAUUGCUCUCUCGCCCAACCAUGUUGUGAACCCUAAGCCAGGGGAUAAGCUGUCUCAAAACAGAGGACCUUGUGCAAAUCGUGGCAUUCUUAUGGCAGUAUCAGUAAGUGGACCUGGAAAAGGAGGUGGUUUGUUGGAAAGGCCAACCAUAGAAAAGACAACACCUGGCCGUGAAUCUGAGUUUGAUUUGAAGAAAUCGAGGAAGAUGGCCCCCCCUUAUCGAGUGAUCUUGCACAAUGACAACUACAACAAGCGCGAAUACGUAGUCCAGGUGCUGAUGAAGGUUAUCCCAGGAAUGACCCUUGAUAAUGCUGUCAAUAUCAUGCAAGAGGCACACCACAAUGGCCUGGCAGUGGUAAUUAUAUGUUCUCAAGUAGAUGCCGAGGAACACUGUAUGCAGCUCAGGGGCAAUGGUCUUCACAGUUCAAUCGAGCCUGCAAGUGGUGGCUGCUGAAGCCAGUCCGACAUAUUAUCUCUCAACUAUUCUUGAAUCCUUCUAUUAUGGUUGGUUGUAGUACUCACACGAGGAGUAUGAAACAAUGAUCAAGAUGUAGAAGGAGAUGAUUCAGGCUGUAUAUAAAGAUUUCAUCACAAGGUCUUUAUACUAUCACCAGUUGAACAUAUCAAUAAUAUAAUUGGUGUCUCGUACCUAUCAAAAUA